UGUGUUAGAGCAGCUCGGCGCUCCGGCACAGCAGAGAGCGCUGGGAGCCGGAGGGGAGCGCAGCGAGUCCUGGCCCGGGGUCGUGCAGUCCAAGGGGCUGGAUGGCAUGCUGGACCCAAGCUCAGCUCAGUGUCUGGGCCCAAUAACAGCUUUUCCGAGGGAGCAGCUUUCUGUCCUGGCCACACUGAGGUGAACAGCGUAAUGUCCAUGUUGUUCUACACUCUGAUCACAGCUCUUUGGAUCGGCGUCCAGGCAGAAGCGCACACCCAGAGCAAUGUCCCAGCAGGACACGCCAUCCCCCAAGCCCACUGGACUAACCUUCAGCGCUCCCUUGACACAGCCCUCCGCAGAGCCCACAGCAGCCCGGCAGCUGCGCUAGCCGCCAGGGUGGCAGGGCAGACCCGCAAGAUCACCGUGGACCCCGAACUGUUUAAAAAGCGGCGCCUGCGUUCACCCCGCGUGCUGUUUAGCACCCAGCCCCCACCUGCGGCCGCGGACGCUCAGGAUCUGCACUUGGAGGCCGGCGGGGCCGCCCCCUUCAAUAGGACUCACAGGAGCAAGCGGUCGUCGUCCCACCCUGUCUUCCACCGGGGGGAGUUCUCGGUGUGCGACAGCAUCAGCGUGUGGGUGGGGGACAAGGCCACCGCCACGGACAUCAAGGGCAAGGAGGUGAUGGUGUUGGGAGAGGUGAACAUCAACAACAGUGUAUUCAAACAGUACUUUUUUGAGACCAAGUGCCGGGAACCCAAUCCCGUCGACAGCGGAUGCCGGGGCAUCGACUCGAAGCACUGGAACUCAUAUUGUACCACGACCCACACCUUCGUCAAGGCGCUGACCAUGGAUGGCAAGCAGGCUGCCUGGCGGUUCAUCCGGAUCGACACGGCCUGCGUGUGUGUGCUCAGCAGGAAAGCUGGGAGGAAAGCCUGACCGGCCAACAGCCCUCAACCUCUCCCAGCUCCCCCCUCCACACUCUCCGGCGCCCCUCCCUACCUCAACCUGUAAAUUAUUUUAAAUUAUAAGGACUGCAUGGUAAUUUAUAGUUUAUACAGUUUUAAAGAACCAUUAUUUAUUAAAUUUUUGGAAGCAA